CACAUUUCACGACCAAUAUUCAAGUCGUAUACUCGCUGCAUUUCGUCAUACUUUGGUAUUUUGUAACAUAAUGGAAAAAUAUAUAAGUGUUAAAGAAAUAGAAGAGGCUGCUCUAUCGAUAUUACCAAAACCAGCACGAGAUUAUUAUAAAAGUGGCGCUACAGAAGAACAAACUUUAGCUGAGAAUAGGACAGCGUUUCAAAGAUUGAGGAUUCGACCAAAAUGUUUGAUUGGGGUAACUCAAUGUGAUCUUCGAACUAAAGUCUUGGGACACGAUGUAUCUCUUCCCGUCGGUAUUUCACCAACUGCAAUGCAACGGAUGGCACACCCCGAGGGAGAGCUAGCUAAUGCAAGAGCGGCUCAAGCUGAGAAGACAAUUUUCACCCUUAGUACUAUAGCCACGAGUUCUAUCGAAGAAGUUGCAGAGGCCGCACCUGACGCUAUAAAAUGGUUCCAGUUAUAUAUUUACAACGAUAGAGAAGUAACAAGAAAUCUGGUUCUAAGAGCAGAGAAGGCAGGUUUUAAAGCAAUAGCCCUAACAGUCGAUACUCCACUGUUCGGAAUAAGACGCGCUGACGUGCGGAAUAAAUUCACUUUGCCUCCGCAUUUGAGGCUCGCCAACUUUGACGGUGUUUUGUCAACUAAGAUUCGCAGCACUAAAAAUGGUAGUGGACUAAAUAAUUACGUUGAAAACUUAUUUGAUAAGUCUUUGACAUGGGAAGAAGUUAAAUGGUUGAAAAGCAUUACAAAACUGCCAAUAAUUGCGAAGGGUAUUUUACGCGGGGACGAUGCUGUUAAAGCAAUUGAAGCUGGUUGUUCCGCAAUAUUAGUGUCAAACCAUGGCGCACGACAACUCGACGGUGUGCCUACUACGAUCGAAGCGUUACCCGAAAUUGUGGAAGCCGUAAGAAAGUACAAUGUUGAAGUUUAUUUGGAUGGGGGAGUGACUACUGGAACUGAUGUGUACAAAGCCUUAGCUCUUGGUGCUAGAAUGGUUUUCGUCGGUCGUCCUGCUCUUUGGGGACUGACAGUCGGAGGGCAAGCUGGUGUCCAAAGAAUGCUCAACAUAUUCCGAACAGAGUUAGAGUACACCCUUCAAAUAGCAGGUACUCCAACUAUUGCUGACAUUACCAAAGAUAUGGUUCGCCAUGAGUCGACCUACAGUAAACUAUGAGAUUAAAUAGGAACGCGUGAUCACAUAACGUUAUCUUCGAAAUAUGUUGUUUAUUUCAAAUGUGAUAAUAAUAAAUGACCAUGAAUAACUCUGUUAUCUUGUUAUUAUGUCAAGAAAAAACUUGUUUAGAAGUACCUAUAUGCGUUACUUAUUAUGGUAUUUGUUAAAUGUUCCUACCUAAUAUUUUAUAGUGUUCUUAAAAUAAAAAGCAU